AUGGUGAUUCAGGCAUUGAAUCCACCUGCGGUGUGUGCAGUUUUCUACACCGGACUCUCCCUGCUCACCUUGGCCGUGUUGCUGAUGCUAUGCGUCAUCCGGAAGAAGAGGAGGAUGGAAGGAACGUACAGGCCCAGUUCGGAGGAGACACGGCAGAAAACGGCCGGAUCGGAAAAGCCCGGCCUGCCGCUACCGCUGCCCAAAGAAGAGCGCCUCAUAUGA